AUGCAUCAAGUUACACCGGAUUCUAGUCAUUUAGGGCUAGAUUCCACUUCAACCAAUUGUAAUAAUAUUCCGUCAUUUUAUCAAUCCUCAUCACAUGCGGAUCCUUCCAAAAAAUGCACUGCAUCAAUUAUUCAUAAUAUUUCCAUUUUAUUAUUUAAAUUUACCAAAAAUUUGCAAGUUGGAACAAUCGAUAACUCUAUUCAAUCUAUAAGGCCAUUUAUUAUUGAAAUUUUGAAACGUUCAAAAUGUAAUAAAAUUACCACAUUAUUAGCAUCAUACUACGUCAAUAAAUUGUAUCAGGGUCAAACAGACUUAGCAAAGUUACCAGAGUUUGCUAAAUGUUCAAAAAGAAUAUUUUUGAUUUGUUUGAUUAUUAGCCACAAGUUUCUCACUGAUAAUACAUAUGCAAUGAAAACAUGGUCCCAAAUUACUGGACUAAGUGUCAAGGCGCUUAAUGACAUGGAACGUUGGUGUUUAAACAAAUUGAAUUAUGCGUUAUAUGUUAAGAAAGAAAUACUACAACACUGGAUUUUAAAGAUGUCUCAAAGUACAUUAGAUAUUAAGGAUGAUGUUUGUACCCAUAAGAAAAGAAAAUAUGAUAACAAUGUCCAGUAUGAUUCUUCAUGUUCUAUAAUUGAUGCCAAUUUUGAAAAAAGAACUAAGGUUUUAAUAAAUUAA